ACAUGACGCGCGUUCGUUGCUUUAUGGUAGCUGAAACUUUGAUUCUUAAACCGUUACGCGUUACAUUCUCGAUGAGCCGAGAGUUUCGGACACGGAUUUUCGCCGGAAAUAUCAAGUAAAAUAUUGUGCGUUCGUCAUGUUAUGGCAGUUCGGAGUUCACGCAUUGCAUCCUUUGACUCAUCGAAGAAAAUAUUGGUUCCAGAUGAAGUUACGUGUGCACAACCAUAUGUGCAAUUGUUGGCGACAUAUCUCUUCGAGAAUGAUCUAUGCAACGCGAAAUACUUCUGGAAGCGAAUUCCCCCCAACGUGAAGGCCGCGAACGAAGAACUCGGACGGAUAUGGUUGGUAGGACAGCGGAUGUGGCAACGCGAUUGGGCAGCGGUACACGUGGCUCUCAAUGUGGAAUGGAGUGAGGAUGUCAUGGACAUUAUGACAGCACUUAAAGACAAGGUACGAGAACGGAUGAUGAAGCUGAUAUCGAAGGCAUAUUCCUCGCUGGAUUUGACGGUCUUGGCAUCGGUGACCGGGCUCUCGUUGGACGAGGCGCGACGGACCGCGAUUGACAGGGGUUGGAGCAUCGAUGGCGUUAUGGUGCAACCGCGCAAGCCUGACGAGGAUGAGUGCAAUCUGUCGAAUGAGGUCUGCCUGACUGAGGACCAGCUGCAGAAGCUCACACAAUUCGUGUCCUUCCUAGAGAAUUGAGGACUCUCCCCCCGAUCCCGACGGGUAAAAAACACGUGUCGAAAAAUCUCAGCGCCGUCUUUAACCGUUUGUACAUACGCGCAAGUAAUCCUAUUAUAUAAAGAAGGAAGUGCGCGCCAAAAGUAGCAUCAUCCGUGCCCCGGUUGUAAAAUAAGUAUACCCGGCGAGAAGAAGAGAGAGAGAGAGAGAGAGACCGAGGGAAGUGGGGAAGAGAGAUGGAUAGAGAAAGCUACCUACGCGAUUUGUCCGUUCGAUCGGAAGGAUAAUUCAAUGAAGCUUCUCGCAAGCGUGGAGUCAACAACUAUAUUAAUCGAUAAUCAGCUGUGCGUGCGAGCGGGCGGACUGGCAUUUGCAGAGCGGGAUCCACCGUGAGGAACUCUUCUUUUCCUCCCCUCCCCCGACUCAACCCCUGCGCGGUUGCCUACCCGAUGUGGAUUCCCUGAAAAUACUCGCCGUUAGCAACCGUUCGCAUCGUUGUAAUUAUCAAAGUGGAUCGCCGCAGUUAGAAUCGUGCAGGUAGUCGUUAACGUUCUAUAGUGCGACGAACGUGCCUCUCCGGCGCGCGCGACACGUGCGCGACGUGCUAACAAUCCUCACGCGUGAUUCUCGCGUGAAUCGAUCGACGGAAAGUACAGGUGAGGAAGAAACUGUCUUGUUCAAAGCGGCGUUCGAUUUUGAUAAAGUGUGUUAUAAUAACAAGCAAGUGAGUGUGUAUUUGUUCCCCCUCUGUGUUCACCGACCACCAUUGUCCUCACCGCAACACACAUUCCCAUUGACAUCAGUCAAAUACGCGUUCCCGAGAGCUGCUAAUAGCGAAAGCACAUUUUCGAGUGUAACACAAAUUGAUGAACGACCGCGAGCAACUUCCCUUCGAUUUGCAUUGUUGCCGAACAAUCACUGUUGGAGAAAAAAAAAAGCGAAAAGUUAGAAAGAAAAAGGAACACGUCGAGCGGCCUAUAUUACGGGGUUUGUAGAGUCCACCUUCGCAUUCACACUGAUCGACAUAGUGCGGAUUCCCGAUAUCUCUCCCUUCUAGUCAGCACCGUGUGAGACGAAAAUUCAUCGAUAUUGGUGAGAACUCGCUCUGAAUCAGCGAGAUCGAGCGUUAUUAAAAUAACGACGGGAACCGCGAUAAUUUCGAUUUCCACACGGACUCUCGCUGCGACGACGGUCGGCAAAGGCGAGCGUGUUUCCGCGGGAGCGUUCGCGCGUGAAAGCCCGGUCGGCGUGCGCGAAAAAUCGCCGGGGAGAUUCAGCGGGGUUACGUCACGCAAAUCAAGUCCUCCCGGGCUCGGAAAAGUCCGCCGCGCGGACAGGUAUGUGAGGUGUGCUCCGGGCACGCUCCGCGCGGCAAUUCUCUAUGAAAUCGAUUCCGGGCCGAGCGGCAUUGUUAUGUGCUGUGCCGCUGAUCGCGUUACGCAAUCCCGCGGGUAUUCUCGGGGAGACCGGCGGGCAGGUAGCUCGCGGUCUCCCCCCGCAGCGCACCGCUACUCGGAGCCUUGCUCUUUUUUGGGCUCCGGCGCACUCGAGAAAGUUGUUGCACCAGUAUUCGCCGGUCCUACACGCGUCGUUAGUACGUAGAUCGCGUUGCUCUCGCACGCGCGUCGCUAAUCUCGCACCUCGAGCCUAUCACUCUGCAGAAUGCUGAAAAGACGCCGUCUCGAAGUGACCGCGGGAUUUCUUCCUACGCUAUAGGGCAAGAGCGAUAUAAUCGUCGAGAUACGCGCGUUGCUUAUUACAUUUCUCUCUGACCGAAUACUUCUCUGUGUACAAUAAUGAUCAUCAUUCCCGACUUUUUCAAGAAACGAACAAAGGAACGUGUCAUUCUACACUUAGAAAAAAAAACCGGUUGGAUCGACGUUAGGUCGACGGUCACUCUUAUUCAAAAAAAAUAUCUACACCGAACAAAUUACGCGUUGGUGUAACGAUACUUUGAGUUGAUACAGUGACCAAAUCGCAAUCGUUGAAUCAAUUGAUAACUCAUUACAGCAGCUGUAUAAUUUCUUCAGUGGGCUAAAGGUUGUGCUUGAAAAAAUUGUCUUCGUCUGAGCAACCUCGAGUCGAAAUGUUAGUUUUACAUUAUGUUUUCAAAGAGUCUCCUUGAAAACAUAAUGUAAAACUAACUAUGUUUUCAAAGGGUCUACAUUGUGCUUCUUUGACGCUACAAAUGGAAACUUAUUUCCGUUUUCUUCACUUGAAAACUUAGUGUAUCGAAUGUAAAAUUUCGGGAUAUUUCGUUGAUUCUACCACUUUUUCUCCUCAAUAUAAGAUAAAUCUCGAGAGUUUGUCGACGACACGAAAGUGACUUGAAAACAUUUCUGUAAACUCUGAAAUGCCGCUUAAUUAAUAGAUGAUAAAUUCUUAUUCGCGUUGCGUCUAUUUUUGAGUGAAUAUUAUUUGGGCAUUAUUUUAACACGUAUUACCUAUAAUCGCGAAGUUAAAAUUAACGCCAAAUAUAUAUUGAUCAAAAGGGAUUGUAGGCGAUGUUUGUAGCUCUUCACUGUCUUCUACGUAACGCACCUCCGCCAGAUUCUCACACCUGUGGUCUUAACGCGGCGCUCUCCUCGGCGCUUCGAGGAGCGUCGACGAACGUGAGAAUCGCCACGGAGAUCUGCCGCGUUUCCUCGCGAACGAUUGUUUCGAUCUCCGUGCGCACGGUGCAUUAUUCGAUCCGACCGGGUUCGCGGAUAUUUCGCGAGGAAUAUGCAUGCUAACGAGAAGUCGAAACGCUCGUCUGCGCUGGAUCGCGCUUCUAUUAUGCAGGAUAGAACAUGCAUAUCAUGGCGUACCCUCCGGAGUCACGACGGUGAAAGCCUUUGUGCAACGUUGCUCUUUUUUUUCGCGGAAUAGAUUGAAAUGUGUUUUUCUCAUAUAAAUCUCAUUACAUUAAAAUCAGUUUAUACUCUAGUAACGCAUGUCAUUGGCGAUAUAUUGGUAUUUAUUGGACGAAUGUUGCUCAAUAUAAAGCCAGCCAGACAGCGAAACCAAGCAGAAGCAGAUGUUGCGCAGUAUCUGCCAUCAAUUUAUUGACAACUUGCUAGCAGAAAUAUAAUAGAAUUUAUUGGCAGAAUAUGAUAACAGAACCCUCGAAUGAUAAGAUCGAGUCGGAUCCAUAUUCUAAUCUGUCCGGCCGACUUUAUAUUGAGCAACAUUCGCUCAAUAUAUCCCAAGUGAAUACCAAGAUAACUAAUGUUAGACCAAUAUAUUGCGCGAGAAAUCGUCUACUGCAACCGGUAUAAAAACUGUUCUUUUCUUUCUUGCAAAUAUAAUGCCACCUAAAUAUGUACUAUUUUGUAUCAAUCAACAAUUGUGAUGUUACACUUGGUUAUAAUUCUCUCAUGUCGAAUAAACUUUCCAUCGCCGUACAA